UACAGAUUAGGAAAAUGGUUUCAUCAAACUGUUAUUUUUGCAACAAGGAGGAGGGAAUUAAACAGUGUACGGACUGUACAAUAUUCUCAUGUACACAUCAUCUGUCUUACCAUUCCAGGGGUGGAACUUGCGGAGCCUGGUGUGUUAAAACCGUUCCAGGAGCCGGAAGAGGGCUUUUUGCUAACAGAAAUAUACAGGCUGGUGAUGUAGUGGUGCAGGACUGGGCUAUUGUUGAAGGUCCUCUACCAGGACUGAACCAGGUCUGCCUUGUCUGUCUAAGAGAUGAUGAUUGUAAUCUCUGUGUUGAAUGUAGACUUCCGGUUUGCAAAUCCAGAACACGUGGCUGUCCUUCCAGGCAUAAAGCUGAAUGCAAGAUACUUAAAGAUGGAUCAGAGCAAAAUCUAUCAAAAGAUUGUCUUUAUACUUCAAUAGCUUCUAUCAGAUUAAUGUGGGGAGCAGAACGGGAUCCAACGAUAAGAGAGCUUCUUGAUCCACUCAUGGAUCAUAGGGAGAUCCAUGAUCAAGGGAUAAACUCUGGUUGGGAUGAUGUUGUCAAUUUUCUCUCCAAACAUGGUUUUGACCGAGAGAAUAUUGUACGAACGAUGGGGCUUCUUCAAACAAACGGAGUAACCAGUAGUUCAGUUGGUGGGGAGGGAAGGGGGCAUUCUCUCUACCCUAUCUUCAGUAUAGUUAACAAUUCAUGUGUUUCAAACACGAGACAUGGAAGGAAGGAUGAUAGCUUCUGUCUGAUCGCUACUGUAGAUAUAAACAUGGGAGAUGAAAUAACAACCAACUACAAGUCCCCAACCUUAGGAAAUAUAGCAAGACAGCCAGCGUUUAAAUCAUUGUGGAACUUCCAGUGCACUUGUGCCAGGUGCAUUGACCCUACAGAGCUAGGAACCUACUCAAGCUCUCUGCUUUGCCCAGACUGUACCUCACCUAUCAUCCAGGAAUCAACUGAUCUAGAACUAGAUUGGUGUUGUUCAAACUCUAAGUGCGCUAAACCUUUCUCAUUCCAGUUUAUAUCUGAGAAAACAUCCAAACUAAACAGUUUAGUUCAGACCACAGGACAUGGUGUAGAGAAACUAGAAAAUCUGGUAGAAAUUCUCUCACGAGUGGUUUAUAAACAUCACUGUCUUCUGAUGCAGGUGAAAAGAAUGCUUCUGCUUCAGUACGGUAACUGUGCAUCUCAUCGCUGGGAGACAUUAACUUCCAAGGAUAUAAAAAGAUAUAUCUCAUGCGGUUUUAACGGUUUGGUCCUUUUCCAGAGAACUGUGGCUUUCGAUCACAAUUUGACCUGGAAAAUAGAAUUAUGCCGAGAAUACAUUGAAGUGUAUACUAUACUGGAACCUGGACUUACUAAAUGGAAAGGAAGAGUAUGCGAGGAGCUAGCUAGAGCACUGGUUCAUCAAGAUAAAGUAGCAGGGGUUGAGGUUUGCAGACUUAUUGGUGAAGCAGGAAAAUGUAGACAGCUGGACAGCCAAGAAGAAAGAGCUGCGUUCAACAUGAGAGUGGCGCAUCUUAUGUCUCAAUAAAACAUUGAUUUCUAUUCUUUUAUUUGUGAAAACAAAAAUAUAAUAAAUAAGUACUCUUGUUA